GUUUCGGUAUCACAAUGUGGGAAAUCUUUAGUGAAGGCGAUAUCCCAUUCGCUGCUUACCAGUUAAAUGAAAUGUUACGACUCAUCAAUUUGGGCACGAGACUAGCUAAACCAGUCAAUUGCACGGAUGCCAUUUACGCAAUUAUGCUUCAGUGUUGGCCUUUUGAUGAAGGCAAGCGCUACAGUUUUCUAAACUUGGAGAAUGCCUUGAGAAAUAUUCUUAUUAUUAUCAAGCCGUCCUUCAGAAAUUUUCUUCUAAGAACCUACGACGGUUACGUGGAUGUCGCUACUGUAGCAAAAGAGCUGGAAAAAACCGUAAAAAAUAGUGACAAGCAUUGCGAUCAAUUGGAAGAGUCUACUGAUAUGAGUAGUCAAUACGGGUACGUGAACGAUACCAAUGCAGAGUCGUUUCUGAAGCAAGCUUUCACUUCCACCGAAACGGGUUCAAAAAGGUAAAUA